AUCUAGUGUAUAAGCCUAUAUUUCCCGCCUCAACUCCGACUCAAAACCUGAUAUAACAAGACACUCGUGUACAUCUCUGAUUUGACUGUCGAAAAUGGCCAACAUCAUGAACCCCAUUGAUGAUCCUUCUUACAAUGUCGAAGCAACCGAACGUGCCUUUGGUACAAGCGCGACAGAUCUCAGUCCCAACGUCAGUACCUACAACAAUGCGAACCACACCAGGCAAUCCGAAAACCGCCACCCAAGCAGUAUCACUGACUCCAUUGAUCGGAGUGCUACCGGCGAUCGAUACGGCCGUACUUCGGGGAUCUCACCUAGUACUGGCCCUUACGCCCAAGGUGCUAUAAACCCGACCCAGAAACAAUAUUCACGCAACACAAGGGAACAACCCACGCAGCACGCGUCACCGUUCCACCAGUCUCAAUACAACACGCCGGGUUCAACCGACUCAUCAUAUGGCACCAAUGUUUCGACGCCGACAGUUGCCGGAUUCCAGUCGAGCGGCGUUGAGAAAUCUGGCCCGCAAAUGGACAACAACUAUGAUAACACCAACUUCUCAAACACAAGAGAACAGCCCGGCCAGAGCUCUCAGAAUGUCUCCCCUCGCCAUCAGCCCCAGGAAACCAUGCUGGCUGCUACCCAGUCAUCUCAUGAGUCCAGAGUUCCGUCAUCGACGACCAAUAAGUUCAAGCCUGACAACAUUGACGACAACACCGAGCCGCGCAUAGACAGUAGCUAUAGGGCUAGCAAUGCCCAUAGCACAGGAGAUCAUUAUCCCCAACAUGGCUCGUCCAUGCACCAGUCUCAGACCAGUAUGCCAGACCCUGCUGAGUCUAGACAUGGCACCGAAGUUCCUGCGUCAACGGCCACCGAAUCCCAGGCGAGCAAUGCUAGGAACGCGACUGAAUCGCGCGUAGAUGGCGGUCGUGACACCAAUGCUAAUGGCGGUACCACUGAUACCAACAAAAAGAAAGGCGAGAGGUUCGAAGGGAAUGAAGAUGACGACAUCACUGGGGAGAAAGUCAACGGUAUUGCAGGCGUGAUCCCUAUAUCUGGCAGUGCUGGUCCAACAACUACUAAAACUUUCGACCCUCAUGCUGAGCUCAGCAACACCAGUAACAACGUCUCUGCAACAGCGUCCAUAGGUAAUGACGGCGAAGACCGAAAGGCGCCAGCUCGCCAAUCCAAUGCUGCCGGCAGCAGUUACAACACGUUGAGAAGCAGCGAUGAACAGACAAGCGCCAACCCAGAGAGAGGCACUGGCUUGGGGAAGAAUAGCCGCUCAGGCACAGGCCUAGACGAAGUCCGCAGUGUUGAAUCUCGGAGUGCGGUAUAAACCUGCUGGGAUAUGGCGUUUGACUUUACAUUGAAUCAAUAUGUAGGGAGAUAGACGUGAGGUAGAAAGCUUCACAUACUAUUUCCCGUGACUAGUUACUGGACAGCCAUAGCGAAGCACUCUAGCUGGG